AUGCCAUACACAUACACAAAGCUAGCCACACCAACGACCAUCCGCCUAAUCCAGUUGAUGCCCGAGAAAGUCAACAAUGCCAUCGCAUGCAUCGUUCACACCCACGAGACAGAAAAGUCACAAGAGACGCACCAGGAAAUCCGCUACCGCGCCCUGUCAUAUCGCUGGGGUGACCCACAAGCAAACAGACAUGUCUUUUUGAAAGACGCCGACGAGACCGAAUGGCACCAGUACGCGGUCCACGAAAACUUGUGGGAGUUCAUCAACUAUGCGUGGCACCAGAAUCUUUUCGAAGACCGCUUCUGGACAGAUUACUUCUGCUUAGAUCAAAACUCCAACGAGGAGAUCGCUCAGCAAAUCCCCAGGAUGGGCGUCAUAUACGCCCAAGCCACAGAAACCGUAAUCUGGCUCGGGCUUUCGGAAAGCGAAGAAACUCACAUCCAACGUUUUAUUGGAAAAUGGGGCAGGCACUAUAGUGUUUAUUUCACCCCGCUCGAUAAUGAUACUGACCGAAAAACUGUUGAGACUGUCAAAGCUCUAUGGCGGAAUGAGUAUUGGGCACGUGUCUGGAUAAUCCAAGAAGUUGUUCUAGCCAAACAGCCAAACGAGCUACCGUCGGAGAAACCCGAGCGACGAUCAUUGUGGAUGUUGCUUAUAGACCAUGUUUCGAAGCUAUACCAGUGUGCGAAGCCAAAUGAUCGACUGUAUGAAUUGUUAGGACUAGUGCAGACGCCCCCUGACUUUGUCCAGAUCGACUACGAAAGGCCUUACGGCUACGUGAUUCUCGAUGCGGUAUUGGAGGCUGGAGCAGAUUGUCAUGAUGUAUGGGCUUUGGGCGUACUGGAUGCCAUGGACAAUGAUCAGGCCUUUAUGCCCACCAAGGAUUCCAAUGAACUCGAGGAGUAUAUUUACGACGAGAAGACAUUGCCGCGACAGAAAGAGUUGGCGAAUCUUGCUUUACAAGCCUAUGACGCCAUGAGUUUCAUAACAGUCCUCUACACAGAUCCUUCCCAACAAAUGAGGUCCCUCAAGUUUGGCGACUUAUCCGGUAACGAGGGUCUAUACCUAGAGCAAGGGGCGAUCUUGCUUGGCCUCAGUCUAGGACUUGGAGGCAGUCAAAACUGGGCAAGUCUAUUGUUUGAAGAUUGGACAACACGUCGCCAACCUAGACUACAGACGCAGUCAUGGAAGUCCCCUUGGCGAUGCAAGAUACACUAUAAGGAAUUCCAGGUACGCUUCAUUGAUGAGCGUAUGAAAAGCUACAUUCGGAGGCAUCAAGGCGCACCAUCCCUCCCGGAUUACAUGCAGCAGUACAAUCGAGAAUAUAUUCGAGUUUAUGGAGAAUAUCCUCCUACCACUGCAUACAUGAAACGGUAUAAGCAAGAGUAUGCACGGUACUUUGAUGAAGAGUUGUCAACUAAAAAGUAUAUGGAAGAACAUAGCCAGUGGUUUCACCAGAGACCGAGACUUUCUAAGGAUGCUCAAGAGUCUACAGAAGUUUGGGAGGAUUCGCCGGAGUUCGGGGACGAUGCAUUCGUCCGUGAUAUGGUUAAUGGAUGUGCUCAAGCUAAUGAACACUGCGAUGGAUCAGAAAUGGUCCUCGCAAUACCUCGGCACUGGUUUCGCAUGAUCAUUACCGAUGGGGAUCAUGUGCGGUAUGAGUUUUUCUGUAAAAAGGGCUGUGCAUAA